AUGGCAGUCGUGCCUGCCGUGGCAGCCGCGGGGCCGCGUGCCGCGUGCUCUAAGCUGCAGAGCUCUGGGUCGAUGUGGGCGGCAGCGGCGGCAUCAGGCGUCGCAGCUGCGGGGCCGGAUGGAGCAGCAGCGGGAGCAGCUGCAGAAGCAGCGCGGGAGCAGCGGCGGGAGCAGCGGCGGGAGCAGCGGCAGGGGCGGCGGAGGGAGCAGCACCUGCAGCCGUGCCCUUGCGGCGAG